AUGGACCCCGACUCACCAGCAACCAAACGACGUCGUGUCGAAGACACAGUGCAUGUGUCGACCUCCUCCGUGGACUUUCAACACCAAGGACAGCAUCACAACCUCAAUGCCAAGACACAUGCCAAGACCGACUUUGAACCUCCAUCUACCAGUGGCACCUCCAGCGGAGACUUUCAGUUGUACACCGCUCCCUCAAGCAAUCCAACCAUAACCAUAUCGUCGCCAAUCAGGUUCGAAGACUUUUUAACCAAAACAGCUGGCGAGACACCGCGCCAGGAGGGGUUUGAGCAGCCUGAACCUGAACCUAACGAUAAAAAGGAACCGGAGGAAGACGUCAGUGUCAGAGAGCGUCACAACAACAUUGGAAGGAGGUAUCGGAACAAACUCAACGAGCAGUUUGAAAAUCUGCAGGUGCUCUUGUCAGAACAGAACACCGAUCAGCUAGACGGGGAAGACGAAUGUGGAAACAGAGAGUCCCAAGAGUCCGAUGAUAACAACAACAGCACCGCCAUGGACUCCAGCUCUUUACCAACCCGAGUCAGGAAAGGCCGAAGGACGGAGAAUCAAUAA